UUGUACGUUUUCAGGCUCAGCAAAUGGCACAGCUGCUUGCUGCCAUAAAUGGACUGGUCACGCUACAAACUGUAGCUACUUUGGCGCCUCCCACGCCACCGCCUGUACCGACGCCGUCGCCGACUGCGCCGCCAUUUCGUGCCUUCAAUCCUGACGUUGAACGCUGGCCAGAAUACAUCGCCCAGCUCGAGGCACACUUCGCAGCUUACUACAUACCAGUGUCGUCGAAUAUCGAAAGCGGCGUAACAAGUAUCGACCACCGCACCGAUACUGCUCAGAAGGCGGUACCGUGGGGGGCCGGUGAGAUGCCGGGAAGAAGCCGCGCCUCCCGUAGCUGCGAGGCGCCGCAGCCGCGCCUCUGCCCCGGCGUGGAGUCGCCAGAGGCCAGCAGGGCAGUUCCGCUCCAGGGCGGAUCCUGCCGCACUUCCAGCAAGUUCCAGUCGGUACAGCGUCGUCGUGCUGCCUACUCGCUGUGACACGGACCGUACCGACCGUCGAGGAGUGGAGAGACUCUCGUCUCCUGUGAAUCGUGCCUACGUGCCAACUUCACCAGAACUGUGUCAACAACUGUCUACGAAUUUGCGUUUUCUAGUGACUGCAGUGGCGCCACAGUACGACCAUUCUGGACUUGUGUCAAUUCACCACUCAGUAAUCGUGGCUCAUUUAGUGUGCUCUGAGCCGCAAGACA